CAGACCAUAAGAAAGUUCAGUCUCCAGCCACAGCUCCUCACCACUGUGUGACCGCUGACUGAAGCCUUCCGGUGGAUUUACAACCACAACUUUUUAUUUUAAAUCCAGGAUUUUAAAGAAAUUUUUAAUAAUAUGGGAAAAGAAAAUAUUUGCUUUUUGACAGUUUGGAUAAUUUUGGGAAACAUUUUUGGAACUUUUUCUUCAGACCCUGAAACAACCACCUCAGUUUUUGUAAACUCCACGGUCACGGCCACUCCGCUGCCCACCACCACCGAAUGGAUCACCAACUACACUGACAUCGUGUCCAAGUUCUCCCUGCGCACUCUGGAAAUCCCAGAUGAUGACAUGUGCUACAUCGUGGCCGGGAGGCCCGAAACCAUCAAAGAGUGUGAAUUCAAUCCAGAGACGCAGACCUUCAUCAUAAUUCACGGCUGGACGGUAACGGGGAUGUUUGAGAGCUGGGUGCCCAAACUGGUGUCGGCUCUGCACGAGCGCGUUCCCACUGCCAACGUGAUCGUGGUGGACUGGCUGACCCGGGCCAACCAGCACUACCCGACCUCGGCAGCCUACACCAAACUGGUCGGCCGCGACGUCGCCAAGUUUGUGACCUGGUUGCAGAAAGAGCUGCAGCUGCCGUGGGAGAGGCUUCAUCUGCUGGGCUACAGUCUGGGAGCACAUGUGGCUGGAAUUGCCGGAGAUCUCACUGAUCAUAAAAUCAGCAGGAUCACAGGUCUGGACCCUGCCGGUCCCACCUUCGAGCACGCAGACGAGCAGAGCACUCUGAGCCGAGGCGAUGCCCAGUUCGUGGACGUCCUGCACACCAACACCAGGGGCUCCCCGGACCGCAGCAUCGGCAUCCAGAGACCAGUGGGCCACAUCGACAUCUACCCCAACGGAGGCACCUUCCAGCCGGGCUGCGACAUCCAGAACACCCUGCUGGGGAUUGCCUCAGCUGGCAUCAAGGGCCUCCAAAACAUGGACCAGCUCGUGAAAUGUUCCCACGAGCGCUCCAUCCACCUGUUCAUCGACUCUCUGCUGAACACCCAGCAGCAGAGCAUGGCCUACCGCUGCACCUCCAAGGAGGCCUUCAACAAGGGACUGUGCCUCAGCUGCAGGAAGAACCGGUGCAACACGCUCGGCUACAACAUCAACAAGAUCCGCACGGCCCGCAGCGCCAAGAUGUACCUCAAGACUCGCGAAAUGAUGCCGUACAAAGUUUUCCACUACCAAGUGAAGGCACAUUUCUUCAGCAAAGAUCCGCUGAGCUUCAGGGAGCAGCCGAUGAAGAUUUCACUGUACGGAACCCACGGAGAGAAGGAGGGCAUCUCGUUUGUCCUACCGGUCCUGGACGGUAACUCCACUCUGUCCUUCCUCAUCACCACCGACGUGGACAUCGGGGACCUGAUGAUCGUGAAGCUGCGCUGGGAGAACGACGCCAUCAUCAGCUGGUCCAGCUGGUGGGGCAGCAGCCAGUUCCACAUCCGGAAACUUCGCAUCAAGUCUGGGGAGACUCAGUCCAAGGUGAUCUUCAGUGCAAAGGAAGGAGAGUUCACCUACCUUGUCAGGGGAGGAGAAGAUGCAGUCUUUGUCAAGUCAAAAGAAGACAACAUGAACCGUAAAGAAAAACUGAUGCACAAGCUGAAAACACAGGGGAGUCUGUUCGGCCAGAACGACGCUUGAAGUUGCACUUGAACAGCCGUCAUGCACAUCGUCCAUCUCUACAUCCUCCGCAGCCAAAGAUGGAAGCAAACACUGGGAAAGCCUUCUGCAAACGACUGGACCCGUAAUGAACGCUGUGCUUUUUUUCUUCCUCUUUUUUUCUUCCCGCCUCGACUCCCAGUGCAACCAACACAACCUCAUCCCUCACGUCUCUGCAAUCUCUGCUGCUGAAAAAAAGUCGCCGGCUUCUGUUGUUUUUUUGAUGAUGUGCGCCCUUUUUUUUAUUAUACACUUUGAGUAGCUUUUGCUGCUUUGUAAUCAUUGUUUAUGCUUUUGUAUCCUCUACAUACUGUUUAUACCGAUAUAUUUUGAAGCGAUGUGUUUUCUGUGCCUAUGUGAGCUUGGAUUAUGUUAAUGUAUAAAUGAUUCAGAGUGACAGGCAUAUGUCAGGCACAUCUUUGUUUUUUGUUUUUUAAAUGUGCAACAUGAUCAUUUUUGUGCCCAAUCUUUACUUAACCACUAAUUGCCAACAAUCGACAGGGACCAAAGAAGCAUUUUACUAUCUACUGAAUGGACAAACACAGCGGUCUUUGUAAAUACCUUAAUCAGUAUUUUCUUAAAUAUGAGUUAUGUGCUAAUAUGUGAUCUCUGGAAGCCUUGGUUGUUCUUUGAUUGCGUUUGGUUAUUGUGUCACAGGUCACUUUAAAAAGGCUCUCUGUCCCCUGCAGCCGUUUAGAUGUUUAGGUCAUUGAGAUUGCGUUCCAGUCGGGAACUGCAUUCUUUAGUUUUUUGUCAUGACAAUGAACUUUUUUAAAUGUUCCAGUGCUCCUUUAACAGUUCCAUGAAUGAUCGACAGCGUCUCACCUGAAACAGUUUACCUCACUGAACAAGCUCAGUCCUCAAAAAGCCCUUUUAUUACACUGAGAGGUCAAACAAAAAAAAAAAAACAGCAUUCAAGCCUUUGUAAUUUGUGUUGGACUGACCUACAUGAUAGCCAUAAUACAUCUCAUUGUAUUUAUUGAUUGUACAUUUAUAUAUUUGUAUAUGAAGCUGUAAUAUAUUUUGGCAGGCUUCUCUUGUCGUCUGUAUUUUUAUAAGUGAAAGCGUUUCGUGUUUUUAUGCACCAGGCUUUGGAGGGAUCGAUCAAAUUGGCCUCCAUGCCGGCUGCGUGGACUUUUGUGAACUGAAACGCAGUGCACUGUCUGAAGAAAGAGCCCAGGAUGUUUUAAUAAAGAGAUAAACCCAAUAUGGCGA